UCAACAUUGGUGCGGGGUCUUGCUCUCAGGCACCCACUAUUUAAACCCAUUGGGAUCGGUCUGGAUCAUUCUCUCACCCUCUGGAAUUUCUUCAAGCAGCUUGCGUUCGUUGGAAUCUCUUUUUCUCUAGCUAGAAAUCUCGUGGGAGUUCAUCAGGUCUAUGAACAUGGGCUCAAAUUCAGUUGUGGAUAUGAUAGAGGCCUCCUCAGGGGUUCAUUUUUCUGGAUUUCACAUGGAUGGCUUAGAGCAAAGACAGAAGGUGGAGCUACCGACAACAUCAGCACAUGAAAACAUGCAUAAACAGCCCUUUGUUAUUGGUGUUGCUGGUGGGGCAGCUUCUGGUAAGACUACAGUUUGUGAUAUGAUUAUACAGCAGCUUCAUGAUCAGCGUGUUGUUCUUGUUAACCAGGAUUCCUUUUAUCAUAAUCUGACCGAGGAGGAACUUAACUGUGUACAUGAAUACAACUUUGACCAUCCUGAUGCAUUUGACACUGAGAAACUAUUAUCUUCUAUGGACAAGUUGAAGCAUGGGCAAGCAGUAGAUAUUCCAAACUAUGAUUUCAGAAGUUACAAAAACAGCGUGUUUCCUGCUAGACGGGUAAAUCCUUCAGAUGUCAUCAUCUUGGAAGGCAUUCUUGCUUUCCAUGAUCCUCGUGUCCGAGAGUUGAUGAAUAUGAAGAUUUUUGUUGAUACAGAUGCUGAUGUUCGGUUGGCUAGGAGGAUAAGGCGUGAUACGGUUGAGAAGGGAAGGGAUAUUGGUCAAGUUCUUGAUCAGUACUCAAAUUUUGUUAAGCCGGCUUUUGAUGACUUUAUUCUUCCAACAAAGAAGUAUGCUGAUAUCAUUAUUCCUCGUGGCGGAGAUAAUCACAUAGCUGUUGAUUUGAUUGUACAACAUAUUCGUACUAAGCUUGGUCAACAUGACCUUUGUAAAAUUUAUCCCAAUUUGUAUGUCAUACACUCAACCUUUCAGAUACGGGGUAUGCAUACCCUCAUACGUGAUUCUCAAACAACAAAGCAUGAUUUUAUUUUCUAUUCAGACCGGUUGAUUCGUUUGGUUGUUGAACAUGGCCUGGGACAUCUACCAUUUACCGAAAAGCAGGUGAUCACUCCAACUGGUUCUGUGUAUAUUGGUGUGGAUUUUUGUAAGAGGUUAUGCGGUGUGUCUAUCAUCAGGAGUGGCGAGAGCAUGGAGAAUGCUUUGCGAGCAUGUUGUAAAGGUAUCAAGAUUGGAAAGAUUCUUAUUCACAGAGAAGGAGACAAUGGUCAGCAGGUUCACACCUCUUUCUCUCUCCUCACUCCCACCCCUCGUGUUGGUCCUACUGCAUGCAUUUUCAUGCCUGCAUUUCUGUUACCCCCAAAUGUUUUUCUUAUUGAUUUAUUGUCUGUACAGCUAAUUUAUGAAAAACUACCCAACGACAUUUCAGAGAGGCAUGUAUUACUGUUGGAUCCUAUCCUAGGCACAGGGAACUCGGCUGCUCAAGCUAUUUCUCUAAUUUUAGAGAAGGGCGUGCCAGAGUCCAACAUUAUAUUUCUCAACCUCAUAUCUGCACCUCAAGGUGUGCACAUGGUCUGCAAACGCUUCCCCAGAAUAAAGAUUGUGACCUCUGAGAUUGAAAGUGGUCUGAACGAAGAUUUUCGUGUUGUACCUGGCAUGGGUGAGUUUGGGGACCGAUAUUUUGGAACUGAUGAUGAUGAUCAAGUGGUAGGUCCUUCAUCAGUGUAGUUCCAAUAAAAACUGCUAGUUGGUCCAACCCCUUUGAUCAACUCGAGUUAUUUCGGCAACGAUGGAAAUCAGCUCAACUUGGCUUGCCUAGUACUGUGCUGGGUUCUACAUUCCAGUGUUGAAAAAGUUUUGACUUCAUGAAACCGAAUUAUCAUCCUUCGAAUCUUUGAUAAUUUUAUUUUCGAACUAUUUGGCAUAUAGUGUUUUUCUUUCUCAGCUGAUGCUCUUCUAUAAAUUGACGAUACUGUUGAAGGGGUUGGACCGCUAGUUGUCGUGGCAGUCAGUGAAUGUGUGCCUAGAUAUUCAAGUUCCCUUUUGAAGUUUACUUUGCAUUUGUAUGGCUUAAAGGGGAAGCGAUUUAAGGGCAAAUGAAUGGCCCUCCCCAUGAUAUGUAUUAUGAACCAGGACAUUUACCGACAGUGAUAAUAUAUUUUUCGUUGCUUCACAA